UGCCGUACCUAGAUGUUUCCCGAAGAGGCUGCGGUUCGCCGGAUUGUCCUGCCAACGUUUGGAACGGGAAUCUCCUUCUGCUUGACUCGUUUUAAUUUUAGCCUGUCCAUCGGGCAGUGUUCUGGCCUAGUGCGAGAGUGAGAAAGUGGACAUCGCGGUAGAACGGCUCGAGUGAUAUCAGAUUUGUUAAGCCAUCCCCUCCUAUUACCAGCUCUGCUCGCGUAGCGCGACACGACACAAGAAUGGGGGUGUUGUCCCCAGGGUGGUUUUUAAGGAAACGACGUCAAUCAAGAUGAAUGUGCGAAUGUAGGGGAAUUGUUUGUAUGAAACAUCGAAAGUUCCUGGGAAAUCUGGCACUAGGUGUAUUCGAGGUAUUACAUGUUAUGUAAUUAGAGUUUUAGGAAGGCUUUCUUCAAACAAUCAGUGAUUACCCAUAAACUGUGUGAAAUUUGUGUAAAAAGCCAUCGAAAAAAAUAUGAUAAAUUGAUAUUAGAACCUCGUUCACCGAUAGACGAAGGAAAAUAUCGAUUCGGUCAGAAUUAUGCCUAGUCAGAUCAGCGAGAAGGCGCAUUUUCGGCAGUGCUUCUUAAUCCGUUCUAUCGGUUUUUUGUGUGGAUUCCAACGGUGCAGAUGAAAUAGUAUCCUUUCAGGAACAGCUCUCCGUUGAAAUGGCAGCAUCCGAAAGCGGGACGAAGAAGAGCCAACUUCGCUCACCGGAAUCAACAACAACGACUGCCAGUGUCCCCGUGUGUUUGUAUUAGUGCGAAGGGAAACACUCUCGUAAAAUAUAUAGUAAAUUUGCUCAUGUGAUCAGAAAAUUGCAUUCGACAGUAAUAAGCUUGGCUGGAUCCAGCUACUAAAUUGUUCAAAUUAUUAUUGAUGGUGGAAUUAGGCAUGAUAAAUUACGCGUUGAAAGCUAAUACGGAAUUAGUGUUGUUUGAAUGAAAACCCACAUCCACGCAGUUCGCAGCAAUCGGUGGGGACGCAUUAUUGUUUGUGGAGUUGUCUAGUGUAAACUACAUCUGUUUGAUGAGUGAUAAAACCCGUGGCAAUACAGGAUGGUAGGAGGAUUCUAUUUGAAAGAGGAUUAACGUCGGAGUAGUUCGGCUUCAUAACGCAGAACAAUAUCAACUCGUACAAGGCAUGGCCUCCUCCUCAAAUUCCAUUUUCGUGCGUGUCAACGAACCGACUGCAGAAGCGGUUUCCGAUUUCAAUGAUUGAAACCAGCCAUCAACUCGUGUGGCCGGAAAUAUGAAGACGAAUCCGAAAGCUGCUUACCGUUUUCCCUGGUGAUUUCCAAUUCGUUUAGUGUGUGUAUGUGUUAGAGUUUCAGUGUGUAUUUGUUCAGUGCCGGUAUUAUCCAGAAGUGUGAUUUGGGAGGGUUGAAUAAAAGUGAUAAAAGUGAUAGAUUUCACCAGAAUCGGAUCAAUAAAACAGAUACUAAAGGAUGGCCAGAAGACGAGUACGUGCCACGGUAGGAGAUGCGUCUUGACAGCGUGGUGUCAUAUUCAGUUGAUGGUUUUCCGACUGAUUUUUCCACGCCCAGGUGGUGGUGAACUUUGUUCAGAAGCUUACGAAGAGUUUUGCUGAGCUGGUGGCAAACGACGACGAUGAAUCUGCAUAAACUGAGCAAACGGCAUUCCAUCCACUCGAUGCAGCCGCAGCCAGCACCGGUGGGGCGAUCAUCGGUGGACGAAUCGGCAGCCAGAGCGGCGGUGUUGGCUGCGGCAGAGAGCGCAGCGGGUGCCGGGACCAAGCAGCGAAAGAAGGGCAAGUUCAGGCUCAAGGAACGCUCAUCAUCCUCGGUGCGGGAACGGUUCGUCAACGAUCCGGCCUACACGGAGGACGUCCGCCAUUUGGCACUGCCGAUGCGGCGAAACAGCGGUCCGGAAAAUGCGGAAUCUUUCCGAAAGUUCUAUAUCAUUCCGAAGAAAAAGUCUAACUCGGUGGGAAAGGAUUACCUGCGGGGAGCCGGGGCGGGCGAAAUCACGACCAAGGACUCAUUUGGAAGCAACGAAUUUUACAGCAUCGAUACCCGCGAAAUGGCCCAACAGGUGGGGAUGCGCAGUGGCAGUGGUAGUGGAGCUGGGAUGUCUGGUGCAGUCACGGACCAGUCCUAUAUGCAGGUGAAAGUGAGAAGGAAAAAAUAUAACACCCACAAUAGCUCGGAAAUGGUACGGUUCAACGAUGAAUCUAGCAGUUCGGAUAAUUUGCGACAAAGCAAAAGUUCCUCCCUUAGCCGUCGCGGCAGAAGUCUGGAUCGUAGAAGUGCCGCGACGGACGAUGGAGGUGGGUAUGAGAGAAAAAAGUUCCCCGGGAUGGAACAGGCGCAGGGUGGGAGGGGUGAGAUUCAGAUAGGGAAAAGUCCUGCAAGAAAUCGUAAUGUGAUGCGAAGACAGAACGCCGCCGAGUACGGUGGAAUGAGAGAUGCUUCCGGUACAGUGGCUCAACAGGAAGAGGAAAUUUAUCGGCGGGAAGAUGGUCAGCAGAUUGGAGACGAUUCGAAGGAAAGUAAAAGUAGAUUUCAAAUUGGAAAGCGAUUUCUUAAAGGCGAAAUUGGAAUCAAGAGUUUUAAUUAUUAUUUGUUGAAGGAGGGAUUGAAAUCUUCCAAGAAGAAUUUGCUGAAACAGAGAUCGGAACCGGUCGAUACCGGGAUGGAGAGUGUUCUUUCCAAGAGUGAGGAAAACAUCUACGAGGAGAUUUAUUUUGAGGAGAAACCUGACGAUCCUAGCGACGAGAAAAUUCAAUUUGUCGAUUGUGAAUUAUGUGUUCAGCAGUGCAGCAACAGCAGCUGCGAUGCUUGUCAUAGGGAUGUUUCGAAGCAUAAACUGCAGCAACAUCAUCAUCACCAGCAGCAGCAGCAGAAACAAUUGGACAAGCAAAAUAUAUAUGAAAAACUUAAACUGAUACCCCCUCAGGUUCCUGUAAGUGGACCUCAGUACAAAACUGUUAAAUCAUUGGACAUUGACGAACUAAACAUGUACCAGUCGUCCUCAUCCACGUACAGCACCGGAACUGGUAACGUCCUGCAGUAUCAGUCCUAUAAUCCCAAUAACCCAAAUGUAUUCAAAAUUGAAACAACGCCAGUAGCUUUCAGCGGUGGCUAUAACCCGAUCAAACAAAUCUAUUACAAACCGCAAACCGAUAUCCAAAAUGUAGUUUCGCGUCGGCGUUCGGAUUAUCAACAGCCGCAAAAUCCUGCUUCGACCGGUUCCCAAAGCUAUCAGGAGAUAAAUAGGAAAAAAUCGUCCUCAUCAUCCGAUUCGCUGCAGGCUCGUAUGCAGCGCGAAUUGUACCAGCAGGCUAAUUUGUACUAUUACCAGCGGGAGUUAUCCACUGGCAGUUCACAAAACCCCGACCCGAUCGAUGGAUCGAAAAUUUACAAAACCAACUCCAAUGCAUCUAUUCUGAGCGAAAUGUCUGCAAAAAGUGAGAGUUCUUUGAAACAGCGUCGCACCGGGAACAUGUCGGAUUCAUCCCUGGGGGAUUCCCUGUUUUCCUAUCCCGCAAAUCGCCGCUACUUUGGUAGUUCUGAAAGCUGUCGGUUUGCCUCCGAGUGCCGCCGGUGCAGCCUGGAUGUGGACAAGUACAGCUUUUCGGACACAUGUCGGUACGAUUGUCGAAACUGUGACUGUAGUUCCAGCUAUUUCUCCUCGGACUUUGAUGACACCGGUAACAGCAGGAAAAGCAGUUCCCGGCUGUCCGCAAAUAACAUCGUUCAGGAUGGAGGUCCUACUGUGCCGGCAUAUGCAGAGGAUUUUAUGAAACACGUGAGCAAUGUGAAGCGCAAUCAGUUGGGGCCCCCGACUGGUCAGAAGCAGACAACGAGCGGUAGGAUUUAUGAAACACCCACCACCUAUGUAGGCAUCACGAGCAAGUCUCCCCGGCAUCGGGAGCACACGUACGAAAAGCUUAAAUCCAAUCCGUAUGGGAGUGGUGGCCAAUCGUUAAAAGCAAUGUACAAAUACGACGAAAAUACAAAACUAUCCGUCAGUCAGAGUCACGAAAUGCUGCUGUCUCCUUCGCGGAACAAUGCACAAUAUACGCUGGGGUUGAUGGGGCGCUAUGGGCCCCAAUCAUCCAACACCCUGCCGGCAUCUAUUAGCUGCAAAGCAAAAAGCACCGAAUUUGACAAACUUCCAUCUUCUACCCUCCCAAAAUCAUUUACUGGACCCCCGAAAGCGACUCUGUCCAACCUGAAUCAUGAUUACGCGGAAAUCAUUCAACUGCCCCAAGUCAAUCAAGCGAAAGGUGCUUCUCCCGGCAAACAGACCACCUCUAAUCAACCUCCAACGCGUCGCAAAGCUCCCCCAAUCCCAUCGAAUCCACCCCUGCCAAUCUCCGCCGCAAGCUGCGAACCUGAUUCAAAAUCAAUCACAUCCGGAGGCCAAAUCCAACCACCCCCUGCGGUGGCAACCCAGCCAAUCGUCGCUUCGGUCGACAGAGAUAAAUCUCAGCCCCGUAAGGAUCGAGCUGACUUUGAAAAGUGUAAACGGGGAGCGGCGGCUGCUGUCGCUGCUACCAUUCAGGAUGUUGCUCUUCCUACGUCGUCCGCCGUUCAGCAGCAGCAUCAGCAGCAGCAGUCCGGGAGGAGAAAGGAUCCAGCAUCGGGUCAGAAAGUUGCCGGUCAGAAGAAGGACACUGGCCGGAAGAAACCGUUGGCUGCAGCAGCGGUGGAGGAAGGGAAUUACACCGACGAUGAGGACGAUGAGGUGUUCCUCAGUGAUAAGGUGUACGAGAGGCCAAAUUACAACAACCGAAAGCUGAAUCCACCUCCAAAAGAGCGAGCCCAAACGACAAACAAGAACUCUCAAGCCCCGACGGGUCAGGCAGCCGGUUCGCAAUUUACUGCACAACAAGCACCGCCACAACCACCACCACCUGCCCCGCCAGCGGCAUCGUCAUCAUCAUUAACGUCAUCACUAUCGUCAUCAUCGCCAGCUGCCGUCAAGGCAGUACCAAUUCCAAUGCCAUUGAUGACUACCGCCACCGCACCGGCGGCACUCGCAGCAUCCAAACAACCUGUUCCAAAACACAGAGAGCAACAACCCGAACUGGAGUUUUCGACGACGGUGGUGAGUUCCUUAUCGGCAGAACAUGUAACGUGCUGCACCAGUCCACGGAAGAACUCCAACGAAAGCGAGAGUUUGCGCAUGCUCCACCAUCCAACGGUUUCUGCCGUCGCUACUGCUGCUGCUGCAACCGAGAGCAUGAGUGACUUGGGGAGAAAGAGUGACGAACCCGCGUUGGAGCACGUGGAGCCUUUUGGUAGCGGUGUUGUGGCGGCGGGAACGGCUUCACUAACGCGGACGGCAACGAGGAUCAAAACAAAAUCAUCCAACGAAGAACUCAGUACCGAUCUUGCCGUCUCAGGUGAAACAGCGCAGCAGCCAGCAUCGGGUCGUCUGGCAGCGACGGUCGGUGUCUAUUCGAACAGAUCAGCAGAGAAAAGCUCCCCAACGGCAAGCACAUCACCGUCGCGUUCAGGCAAUCUUCAGUCACAGCCGGCGAACGACGGGCAGAUUCUCGCUAAGCAGCUCAAAUCCCCCCUACAGGAGUCACUGCUGCAUGAGCCAGUGAAAAGUGCCUACCCUCCGAGCAGUAAUGACGAUACCGCGAAUAGCAAUAAUGAGAUUAAUUUAAUCACCAACGAUGAAUGCGAUAUUGUCGACUUUCCGCUGCCGGAAAUUCCCGUGAAACAGGAUCCGACCUCAUCUGACAAUAGUUUCCUGACGGCCACGGAUGGUAACGACACAGCCGGGAGCUGUGUUAAAUCACCGAUAUUGACAAGGAAGGACAACGCUAACAACGAACCAAACGCUUGCCAGGACCACGAGGAGCAGACAAGAGAGAUGCACUACCGAAACUCGAAUGAUAAGCCGACCUAUUUGUUCGGUGAAAAUUUGAAAAAGAAUGAGAUUUUCCUUAACAAAUCCGGCUGGGUGCAGGUCAGUCAGCCACCGAUGUAUCCAUCGGAGCGAAGUAUGCGAGCCAGGUCCUACCAGCCGGAACUGGUGGGGCAGAAGGUUUCCCGAAAGUACAUCGAAUACGAUGAAUCUCGCUAUGGUCGGGGAAAUAAACUGGAGGAUCUAAUUAAUCGAAAUGAAGCACGUAAGCAUCAAAUCCAAAAGAUACAGCGGCAGGACAAUGUGACAAUCCUGAAAAUAGAUCCACAGUUAUCGGGUAGCGGUCGUCCUGCCUGUCUCCCAAUCAAACGAAAUCUAGCAGACAAUUCGCCACCUCCGGUUACGCCAAUUUUAUCACCCCCGCCGGCCUUUCAAGAUUCAAAAUACAAAACUCGUCUCGGGGAAAUUAAACCCGGCACUCACAUCUUCCUCUCGGUCGCAGAUAAUGAGAAUCGAAAUCCUAAGGGGAUGGUCUUCUCGCGUAGCUUCGAGUACGACAAUCGGCGCUACACCACUCCCGGAGUUUCCACUCAGCAGCACAAACCGAAACAAUCCUACUCGGAUACGUUUUCGAAAAGCUUCGAUUUCGAAUCAUCCCUGGUGGCUCCCAUGCCAAAAACGACGGAUCAACCGUUCCUACGACGAAACAAGUCCCCAACCUUUUCCACGUUGACAGGAAACUCACCCAACUAUCUCACCAAAAAGGAAAAGCCCCUAAAUACACAGCCAUCGAAGGACAACUCUCCUAUUUUCCCGAAAACAAUCCCCGGCAGCAGUGUUACCAGUUCCGGUUACGAGUCACUGAAGCGGUUCGGCGACAAAAACAAAUCCCUCGAUUCGCAGUUGAUGUCUUCCAACACGGCAGCGGCGGCGGCUGCCAUUGGCAAUCGAUCCCGGCGCUCCCAGUUUUCCACCAAAUCCAACUCCACCAUCGGGCUGCCCUCGUAUGGCUUCCGUUCGGAUUCGGUUGGCAACACGCGACUCAAUUCCUGUGAUAGUGGUGCCAGAUCAGACUACUCUAACGAUGGCGUCGAAGAUGACGAAGAGGAUGUAAGUGAAGAUCAAUCCUCUUCCUUGGCACUGAGCUACAAAUCAUCCACUUCCUACAUCAACCAAAUGAAGGGCAGGUCCCUGUUUGGAAUGACCGGAUCGGGCAACACUUUAACAACGCAUAGUGCCCUAAAACCGCAGCGUUCGCUAACCCCGGAGCGUUUGUACGACAACGAUGACUACGGAAGUAUGCGAAACUUGAAAAAGCAACGAUCGUUAACUCCGGAAAAACGCUCCCGAACACCGGACGAUCGAAGCAAAGGUCGGAAAGGGGAAACGAACAGUUCGCAGUCGUCGCUUGUCUCUCGACAAAGUUCCGGAUCGAGAAGCAGCACCCUGGAAAAGCGUUACGAAGAGGGCUACCUUCGUAGUUCUAGCAGGAGUUCGUCUAGUUCUAGCUACAGCGGAGACGAGCCCCAUUCUAGUUCCCACCGAAGAAGUCAAGUUCGUGGUGUGAGUGUGAGACAGGGAAACGUGACUGGCGACUACAAAAUCCGAAGGUCUAGCAACCAAUAUUUUGCAGACUGUGUAUCCCUUCAGCUGUCGGAGCGUUCGCCGAACCGACAGCCAACCGGUCCGGUCACGCAACCCCACAAGGUGGUCGUACGCUUGGGGAACGUUCCGAAGGAGCGGCCCACCUACACGACAACGUCACGAAAAAUUACCGGUAGUCAAUUACUUUCGCAGGAUUCGUUCCAUUCCGCGUUUCCGAUAUCGCCGUCCAGUACCCUGGAUAGGUUACGACGUGAAACGGCUUCGCAUGCACUGGAUGUGGAUAAAAGCAAAUCCUUCGAUAACAACAAUUACGGGUUGUACGAACAUGACUUCGAUAAGAGUAGAUCGUUUGAUGAAAAUUACGGGAUCAGCGGCGAGAAGCGAGCGUACGUCAACGCGGAAGGAAGAUCGUACAGUCACGAUCGAGUGUUCGGAUCAACAGGGACUUCUUCGAGCAACGAGUACAGCCAGUCAUCGACGUCGAGAAAUCGAAGCCCGCAAACCUACGGUAGUCGGUUGUACGAACACGAUCUGCAGUACGAUAUGAGCCGGAAUGCUAUGAGCCGAUCACCGAUCAUUAACUACAGCCAAAGGAGAGUUCUGUCACGAUCGCCGGUACCUGGAGCCAGUGAGCCUACGGUGGGACACUAUCCAAAAGCUACCAAUAUGUAUCUGCUGAGAAAUCUAACUCCCGAGUCCGAGUAUGACGAUAGAAUAGCGACGGAAUUCGGCGGUGAUCAACCGCCUUCGAUUGUUCCGAAGAAGACUUCAGCCUCUGCCGCAGCCGCCUUCAAGGAAGCCGAAUUGGUGAAAAAGUUCUUGCACGCUACCAAAAACAAACUAUUGCAAAGAGAGUCGCGUAACGUUGUUGUACCUGGGGCAGGAACGCCAUCUACUGGAAGUUGUACCGCGAGUUCCUGUGAUUUUUGGCCACACUGUGGCGUUUCGUCAUCGCUAACGGUCGAACAGAAUCAGUUAACAAAAUCGGGUAGUGAAAACUGUUUGAACAGAAAGAGUAUCGCUGGUGACUUUGCUAGUGGUGCGGGUACGGGUGCAGGUGGUGAAGUGAUAGUAAUCGGUGAUUUACGCCCGACCACGUUGGUUCCCGUUAAGGCUAAUAGCUACGGUGGCGUUGGUCAUCAUCCCCUAAAGAAACAGAAAAAUAUCGAAAUUAACGAUGGAGAUCUGCGGUCGGUGUUUGGUGUGGGUGGUCGUCGAUAUUUCUACCCAGGAGCGACGGCCCAAUCGUCGGCAAUUGUCAAAGCAAACUCGAUCACAUUUCUCGGUGAGCACGAGAUGCCAAUUACACGUGACCGUGUUUCGAAAUCAUCCUCCCAUGGAGGAGGAACGUCCUCAUCGUCCUCCUCAACGGCAACAACGACGACGACGACGACGAUAGCAACGUUGGCCAAGCAGCACUCAGCAACGACGGCGGCGGCACCGUCUUCAUCGUCGUCAUCCUCGAAAAGCAAUUAUCAAUCUCUAUCCGAUCAAUUGAUCCAAAGGGCAAGAUCCAACCACUCGGUCUGCGCCGGUACGGGGGCGGGUGGGUGUGCCAGUGGGGGAGGAAGUAGCAACAGCAGUGUUAAAAGCAAUAGUAGCAAUUAUAAAGUCAAUCGUAGCCCUAGCAGCAGACGCCAUCCUGCCAACAACAAUCAGCGUCACGGUUCGAAUUUUCAAGGAGGUGCAGCGGCAGCGACGGUUGCUUCGGACAAGACUGGCUCCGGGAACGAUGCACGUGACAGGAAAGCUAGAGCUUUCCCGCCAACAAUGCGGCCCCGUUCGACGUCGAUCAAAAGAAAGUUCGAGAUGAAACUGAAAAGUCGUUCGCUGCCAAAGUCCUUCAUGCGCAACAGCAAUCGCACAUCAGAUGAUCUUGAACUGUCAGCAAUAUUUUCAUCGAAUUCGCCCCUGCAGCUGAGAGCCGUCUCCAGUCCUUCGCUGACGGAACCAACGCUACCAGCCGCAACGACAGCCACAGUGGCAGGCUCGACAGAUGUAAACGGUAGCAGCAGCCGUAAUUAUGUCACGAAAAUAGAGUCUCGCGUUGGAAACACACUGCAUCCACAGCAACAUAAGAGCUCACUGGCCAAGGCAGACCAGCAUCCACAGCAAGCUUCCGAAAGCGUGCUGCAAAAAUUCAGAAAAACCUUCUCACAGUUCAAGCCAACGAAAACCGGGGGUUCAGUCCCGUCAGCAGCAAUUCACCACACUCAAACGACAGUCGGAUUAAAUAUCAGUAACAACAAUAGCAUAGCACAAUCUAAUUCCCAUCAACUCGGACCAGCGAUGAGCGUGGACAGUUCAACGAGCCAUGACAAGUCUCAAGUUCCUGUCCAACAGCAGCAGCUUCAUCAUCAUCGGUUCGGUCCUCUAAUAUGGCGAUCCAGUAAGGAACGCCGGAAAACCAAAUCUCACCGAAGGGACAAAUGUAACAGUGGAGAUUCCGGUAUCCAGGUAGAGCUGGAAACCGAUGAGCAGUUGUUGCCCGAUGGAAUUGAGGGCACGGACCCAAUCGUGUCUCCACGCUCCACGGCCAUCUCCGUUCGGCGAGCAAACUCAGCCAAAGCCACCACCACCACCGGAUCGACCGUCCUCAAGCACAAACUUUCGCUAAAAAGUAACAACAAGGAGAACGUGGCCAACAUAUCACGACUCAGCGGUAAAUCGCUAAGUCAACCUUCGGGCCUGGAUCGUGUCGCAGGAGGCGAACUGGAGGGGGCAGAUCUUAGCGAAUCGGAAAGCGACGAGGACACGACGGCGGCCCAUCACGCCAGGACAGACGAGGGAACGGUUUUCGCGGAAGUACUUUUCUCGUUUCGACCCGCCGGUCCACAGGAGCUAGCCCUGGAGAAGGGAGCUUUGGUGGAGAUUUUGAAACGGGAGCGUGGACCUUGGUGGUGGGGUCGAAUCAAAUCCGACGCAAUACUGUCGGAUGAUCGUGAUGAGACGGAUCGGAUCGAAAGUUCCGAGUGUGGUUGGUUCCCGAUGGAUUUCGUCAAGCUGUUACCGACCUACAAUAAGCCAAGACAGAUUAUCAUUAUCAAUAAUAAUAAUAACAGCAGCAGUGGCGAAAUGCGGGACGGAGGAACCGCGAGUGGUUUAAAGGAGAGUGACAUGAAAAACUGUGAUAUGCUGCAGGACACAGCGAGGGCGGAAAUUGAAGUGGACUCGGUUCCCAGUCCGUUGGGUGGUUCUAGUCAGGAACAGACUAAGGAGAACGUGAUCAAGGAACUGCUUGAGACUGAGAUAAACUUUGUCAAACUGCUCAAUUCACUUUGUUUAGGAUUUUUAAAACCUCUGCGAGAACGGGAAGAUGUGUUCCCAGCGGAGAGUGUUAAUAUAAUAUUCGCAAAUUUAGAGAAAAUCUGGCGGUUUCAACAGACCUUCCUGGAUGCGCUCCGAAUAGCUGUGCCAAACAACAGGAUCGGCGAAGUGUUCCUUGAAUAUCAAUCAGCUUUUAUGAUCUACUCGUCGUACUGUAAUUCCUACCCGCGGGCCUUGAUGGAACUGGAAAAUUAUGCUAGCAAUAAGGAAGCUUGUACCAUUUUAGAAAAUUGUCGCGUAGCGCAAAACCUUCCCGAACUGCCACUGUCCGCGCAUCUGCUGGCACCAAUCCAAAGAAUCUGCCGAUACCCGUUGCACCUGAGCGAACUAGUCAAGCAUUCACCUACCCGGAAAGAGCUGAUCCCGCUGCUCAAUCUACGCAAGUGUACCAAAUCCGAGCUGGAAACGAUGGACUGUCGGGAGGUGUUUGAGCUGGCACUGAGUGCGAUGCGACGUGUCACUGAGAUGGUGAAUGAAGGCAAACGACACAGCGAGUACCUCUCCCGCAUCCAGUCCCGCUUCGAAAAUUUCCAAGGGCCCUCAAUAAACGUGCACAGCACCCGUCUCUUCCUGCAAACCGAUGCCAUCCGGAUGUCACCGAAUCUGUGGAACAACACCUACACACUGUUCCUGUUCGAUCGGCAGUUGGUCUACUGCAAGAAAGACCUGCUCAAACGAACCAACUACAUCUACAAGGGUCGAAUCUUUUUGGACAACUGCCGGAUACUGAACCUACCGGAUGGGAAGAUGUUUGGGGUGACGCUGAAAAACGCACUCCGGCUGUACUGCGAUACCCGAAACAAGUGGUUUGAUUUUUGCUUCCGAAGCAGCAGCAGUAAGCUAAGAUUCCUGAACACACUGUCCGCGGAGAGGCAAUUUUGCGGAGAGAGUUUGUUCGUAUCGGAACUCGACGGGGCUUGCGUGGAUGAGGAUCACCUAUCGGAUCGAGAGUACUUUCCAUUUACGGAUGAGAAAGACGGUUGCAGCAACACCGAUACGGAAACGAGUAACGAGCGUACAGCAGAUCUAGCAGAUAGCUUGCAGUUCUCGUUGGGUAUCCUGACGCAAAGCGCUAGAAACAGUAAUUGCAGUGUUCUUAAAGAAUCUCCAACGAACGUAGACGGUAAACGUUCGGGAAACACGCUUCCUAAAAAGUCUCGAAAAUUGACCAAAGAACAGCAACAGCAGCAACAGUCCGAGUACAAUUCACAAUCGUUGGGCCGGCGGAAGAUAGGUAAUUGGUUCCGGAAAGCAAAGAGUACCAACAGUACCCCGUCCCAAAGCCCCACCCACAACCCGAUGGCCCUUUCACUAGCCGCCAUCAACAACCACCCAUCGGACAGUUCGUCCGCUAGCAGCCCCGGACUUGGCUACCAGCAGCGGACACUGUCUGCCCUGUCCACCAGCAGUGCAACGGUUCCAACAGUCACAACCAAAGAAGACGAAGACCGAUGGUUGUUCUAGACUGUAAACAGGAACUACCACUGACAAGCAAGCAUUUUUACUCUCUAUGGAACGCACAAAACAAAUCCAAAACGUAUCAAUAUUCAAACUGCACAAGUAGAGGUCGGCAACUGCGAGAAGGUGAUACAAAAUACUAUUUUUCAAAAUGGGAUUUAACAUAGGAUUUUACAAAGUGGUCUUGAAAGGAAUAGUAGUGGAUGGGAUCGGAAUGACUUCGAAAUCAUCUCUAAUUAAGUGAGGCUAUGAAUUUGAUCAGAAACUCCGGUAGAGAACGCACAAAUUAGUAUCAAAGUUUGAACGCUGGAACACUAGAAAAGUUCUUCUGAGUGUUAUGCCUGUGGUGUGUGCACAGGUGGUAUUCAAGCGUCAACAUAGAUAAAAGUAAACACGUGUUCAUAUUGAUACAAUCUAAACCUGUGCUGGUCACAAACUACGACCCGAUGUUCAAUUACAGCUUUCUACAAAUAUGGUAUUUCAUGUUUGUUAGUAUACUUCAAAAAAUGUCGAAGAUUCUUGUUUAAAGCGUGUUUUUUAGUCUGGCUUACAAUCAGAUGAGUGUAUUAUAUUCAGAGGAAGAAGAACUACAAUUACUAUUCUGAGCAGCGGUUUUCAUAUACGACAGUAGCGAUGAACGUUUUUAAGCGAUUCGAAAAUUUAUACUUUUACUUUAAUUUGAAGAGGAUAGUUCUCGUGAAGGUAUUGAAAUGGUCAAUAAGCCAACUGUCAAAGUACACUUGGAAUAAAUUGCGAAUGAAGCGUUGCACUCUGAAUAUAGACAAAACUGAGAAAACUCUUUUAUUUAAUAAACAUUCGUAUUCGACGAAGGUCGUUUCGCGAGAAAUAUACUACCCACGAUCGCACAGUUGUCCCGUUUUCUAUGGGAUUUCCUAUCUUUAUGGGACUGAUAUGCGAUCAUGGGCAGUAUAUUGCAAGGUUGGCUUAUUUUCUCUUUUCAAAAUCAACAGCCAAUUCGAUCAAACUCAGUAGUGAACCUAGCGGCAAGUACCGAUUCGUUAUUCGUUUGUUCUUUGUGCUUCUGCGAUAACCGAAUAAUACAUAACAUAUCCACAAAACUGCCGGUAUUUCAAAAUAUUUGUUUCACAACAAUCACUUUCAAGAAACAGAAAACAUCCGUUAGUUUGUUGCAAUUUUGUUAUAGAGUAUCCAUCAUACGAAAAUUGACUUAAGACUACUGUAAUUUGUGGAAAAAUAUAUAUUACAAUUGGCUUAAAAACUAUUGUUUGUUUAACUACUUCCAGUUUAGUAUUUUUCACGAAAAUGAAAAGGUUUGAGUUUCACCGAUCGAGCAUUUUUGAUACCAGCUUACCAAUAUAAAAUAUUGGUGAAUCUUAUGUCGUUUUUGCUAGAAGCGAAACUGAGUCAGGUUCUAAUCCAAACUGCUGUUAAAAUAUAUGAACUGACAGCGGAUGAGAUUGCAGCAUGACUCCUACACUAAUGCGAAUUAAACCGAUCAAUAAACGAAAGGUCGAAACACAGGAUGUCGAUUUAAAAAAAAAUCAUUUUAGUAAGCCUCUGUUUAUUAAAUCAGAACCUACUGAGAUUGUAUCUGCGCGUUCACCUGGGAAAUCGCACAACUAAUGCAAGACAAUUACAGGGCCAUUAGAGAGAGCGAAAGAGAGAGAAAGAAAUCGAAAGAGAGACAGAACGAGAGAGAAAAAAGGGAGAACGAGAGAGUGAUACCUCCAAUCAAGUUAAUUAGUUUUCAAUUUAAAAAAAAACUGUGAAAGAUGCGACAUCCUAUUGCUAUAUAAAAGUUGACUUGGAAAUCAAAACUAUGUGUAAUAUUUACAAUACACACUUUGAAACAAGUAGAACCUGCUGAUCGUCAUCAAUUUUAUUAAUCGUAUAGCACAAAGGAAAGUUAGAAAACAUUUCUUUUUGCAAAGACCAAUUGAUGAUUCUAAAUGCAAUUGAAACUGUGGUGUUUGCAGAUAAGCAAACCAAAGACGAUUCAAUUUGUAUGUUCGUUCUUCGUAGGUUAUUAGAAUUGUAUUGAUCCAAUGGCAAAAGAGCAGGGCAAGUGAAACCAUAUCUUGCAUUUUAAGAAGCCUAUCUUCUGAGAUGUAGCUUUACAACACACAGGUAGUUUUUUGAAUGAAACAAUGCAAUUCUAGUUCUAUUUAAUGGCUUGGACUAUAGACAAAAAUGUGAGAAUAUUGCUAUACAGGAUAUUCAAACCUGAUUUAGCAUUUAAUGCAAAAGCUUUCAAAAGAAUUAAUUUUCGCUUUUGGGCGUAUUAUUAUAACUACAUAGCAGCAUAUGUUACGGAGUAAAGACAUCUCUUGACAUACAGUGUUAAAGCAUUGUGUUUACUGGUGGCACUUAUGUAAUUAAUUGAUUAGACAAUAUAGUUUUUUUUUCUUCAAUACAGAAAGGUAUGAACGAAGAAAAUGUUAAAAUAAGCAUAUAUUAAACAAAUGAUUCUAAGGGUGAGUAAUUAGUCCUGAGAAAUCUAGUUGUAAUAUGGAAUAAGAAGUUAAUAAAGCGUGAAAAGAGAGUUCCAAA